GGUUAAACAAUGAAGUACAAGCAAAUUGCAAUUUGUUGGACUAUCAAAUAGUUAAGGCGAAUUUGUCUCAUAGGUCGGCUAACGAACGAGGACCGAAAUGAGCUUGUAAAACAAGCAACAAAAAAGCACCCGCUUCCAUAACGAAAUUUCGUGCUCGACGAUGGUUCAGGUCCUCUUGCUAGCGUUCUUGGUCUUGGGCGCCGGGCUAACCAGACAGGUCAGCUCGCACGAGGAAUCGGGAGGGUGGAGUUGCGAGUCAAACUCGGAGAUCCGAGUGCAGGCGGAUUUCAGACCCGGAGUCAUCACCCUCGAUGGUCACGCCGAUGAUUGGAAAGACAUUGAGGGGUUCGAGUUCUCUCUUCUCCCUGCUCUGGACCCAGACGAGGACCUUGAGUACAAAGAUGGAAAAAUGACAGUGAAGGCUUUACAUGAUGGAAAUAAUGUCUUCUUCUUGUUGCAAGUUGAUGGGGACUACGUCUUCUCCAAAGGGGACAAUAGAAAAUGCCCAUCUGUGGCUCUCAUGUUUCAAAUUGGCGAUGAUGCUACGUACCAUAAUAUGGGUGGCUGUAAAGAACAAACGGGCUCUUGCACAAACAAGACUUGCAAAGGUCAUGAAGUAGACAUCAUGCACUUCUCUAUUGGAAAUGCUAUACCUGGAAGGCUUUAUGGUGGCAACCCGAUAGAUAACAGAGAUGGAAAUGGAGGUGACAGGUUUGGUCAUUUGGUUGAUGUAUAUGCUUGGAACCCGCACUGUAGAUACCUUGAUGGAAUGGGUCCUUCUGGAAAUGAUUCUAGUGCACAGAAUAACUGGAAAGGGGCAUGGUGGCACAGUAGCUUCACAGUUCAUUCAGGAUUUGUUGAGGAAGACAGUCCUUAUACCACAGGAGGUCAGAAAGGAACAUAUUAUUUUGAAUUUUCUAGGCCAUUGAGAACCAUGGAUCGUCUUCAACAGGAUGUUCAGUUCACAAUUGGUGGAUCAAGCAAGAUGUCUGUUGCAUUCUGGUAUCCAGUUGAUGGGAAUCCAUGGGUUGGAUCUGGACAUUAUACCAUUAACUGCGAUUGGGUGUCAAUGGAUAUUGCUUUAGGUGGUUCCAUGCUAACCAAGUCUGCACCAAGCAGCUCCUGGGAAGCAACCAGCGCCUUUGCCCUUUUGUUCUCAGUAGCAGCACUUUGUGUAGCAAUAUUUGUGGCAUAUCAGGUUUCUAGACCCAGGAGUGUCCCAUUUACACCAAUUGAAAAUCUUUAGAUAGUUAUACAGGUCUGCCAUUGCACAAUUAAUUGAGUUUGAGCUUGUCAUACGUUAGGGAUUGUACUAUAUUGCUUGAGUUUGUACUGCCUAACUCUGUACUUCGAACAGUUCCCACUUUAUUAAAAUUUUUAUUAAAAAGUUUAGAUUUAGUUUAUUUUCUGCUUUUUUGGUGAGACUUGUCUCUUCUUGAUGUGUUGUCUGGCUCCAUUUCCUUGGAUACUUGAGAUCUAAAUGUAUUUCAUAUUUUAAUUUGUACAAAAAAUUGUAUAUUAU